AUGGCACCUGCGCAGAAGUUCGUGGCUGCCUCACUACAAAGAAUGGCAACCAAGACCUUCUAUCCCCACCUAUCAGGAUUGAGCGCUAAUUCUCAGGUCUUGGUGGAGUCCAGCUUUCGACAAACAGGCCAGAAUCCACUAGUAAUGCGCGAAAUUGGAGAAAUUCGAUUUGCAGUAGGCAAUCACGAGGAUCUCGGUUGGAAGACAAGAUAUGGGGAGUUGAUCAUUCAUGCGAAAGCGAAGGACAGGCUUGUAUUCAAAUGCAGCAAGUUCUUCGAGACGGCGCGUGAGACGAUGGAUGUGUGA